CAUUGGAUCAUCUGGCUGGACAGCGGGCAUCGGGUCACCAGGCAUCAGGUCAUUUGGCUCGACAGCGGGCACCGCGUCAUCUGGCAAGACAGCAUCAGGCCGGGUACAGGCAUCAGGCUGGGUACAGACCUCAGGCUGAAGUGCGGGUGCCGAGGCACCAGGCUGAACCACGGAAGGCAGGUUCUCAGACGGCAGGCUCACCGGUUUGGAUACUGGCAGGAUGGUAUUGGUUGGAAAGAAUUUUCGCUUUUUUCUGGUUUUAACUACUGGAGCACUGCAAGUAAACGCAGGUCUGCAAACGAAUGGAGCAGCUGGAGACAGAGAAGAGCUGGAGGAUGGAACAGGGGAGGGAACAGUUGCUACAGAGGGCUUUUUUACAGGGUUAAAGGCAGGAUAGGUGCAGCGAGUGGGAACAGGGUACUGACAUGCGGUAGAUAGCAGGGCA